GUGUGUUAUUGUUUUAUCGCAGUGAUGUCUAUCUAGUAGUAUGAGAUCGUACUGAUGCAUACAAGCUCCCGCAGUAUACCCAUAACCAGUGUACUCUACGGCGAUGCUUACAAUUUAAAUGGUUUUUACAUAAUAAUAAUCUGGGCUGUUCGUUAGCUACAAUAAUUUAUAUUUUCGGCGGGUGGGCGGUAUACGUUGUGUUUCCAAACUGCGAAAUGAAUAACGAGACGUUAUUGUCCGUCUUGAUCACUGUCGCUUGUGUUCAACAGACCGGCACCGACCGGUCGUCGUUCUGCUCGCGGCAUUUGCAUCGGCCGCGACACGAAUACCACCUGACAAAGGAAUGCACCACUUCCAAUAUGCGGACGGUUGCAUCGUCGAAUGCGACGGAAUUGGAGUCUUGCGCUCGAUUGGCUGCGACGAAAAACGCUUUCGCAUUCACGUACGCUAACUUCACCGAAGGUACAGUAUCCAUAUUGAGUUCCACUUGCAAUGUUUUUGAUUGCCCAGAGUUCCACCCGUUUCUACUCACUGCUAAUGCAUCGGUGUACGACUAUUAUAGCAUGUACUCAAAACCCUUGCCUAGUGAAAACUAUACUUGUGCACCUGGCCUUGGUGUAUUCGAAUUGGUGACGAAUCAUUUGAACUUUUCUAACGCAAUGGUUGCGUGUGAGGACGUCGGCGGCCAUCUUGCAAACGUCGUAUCCGAUUCUCGAACUUCAUUUUUGUCCGCGUUGGUAUCGUCAGAUUUGAAGAACAAAACUAUUAACAACCGCAAAGCGUUUAUUGGAUUAUUUUUUGAAAACGACUUUGUCACCAUCACAGGGGAACCGUUGAGUUGUUUGCCGUUUAGGGCAUGGGCGCCAGGUCAUCCAAAAUCUGGUAGACCGAAGAAAGAGUGCGUGGUUCUCACGGGCAACAGGUAUUGGGAAACAGAAGACUGUUCGAAGAAGUUUCCCUACAUUUGUGAACUCGUGCCAGAUGGUCCACUGAGCCUUGUGGAACGGUACUGCGCGCCUAUAAACAACAUCAAACGUAGAAAAAAUUGUAUUUUACGUAACCACAAACAAUUUGAACAAAUAGAGCAAACAAAACAACAAUGCAAUGGCAUUAUCAACACAAACAAAUCAGUAGCCAUAAAUGACAACAAUUAAGUUGUGAAUGACAACAUUACACAAAAAGUUAUGUCAACAUUGUACAGGGAUGAAAUAUCAAACUAAAGUUAAAUUUGCAAGAAUUAAUAACAAUAUAUUUAUUAAUGUAUACACCUAAAAUACUAUUAAUAUAAAAUUAGUUAAUUGCUUUUGGUAAAAUAAAUAUACUCUAAAAGUAAUAUAAAAUUUAGUAGUUUUGGUCUUCCUUUUUUUUUUUGAAUAAAUGUUAUCAAUAUUGAUACAAAUUAUCAAUUUGGGUUUUAUAUUUAUCAUAUAUUUCUCUUCUUUUGAU